CUGCUAACAGUAACAAGAGAGAAUAAACAAGGACGGUGGUUCCGGGUUGAACUGUAACAGUUUUCUUCGUACGAUCCACACAUUGGUGUUCCACACAUCCAGAUGAACCAUGAGACAACUCCUGAAGAAAGUCACCCAAAGAAAGACCUGUGGGCGAAAGCUGUAAAAGCCAUCAUUGCAGGGAUACCCAGCAAAGUCAAUGUCCAUCUGGAUCUGCAGAACCUGGAGAACACUCUGUUCAACUACUUCUGCGAGGACAAUGAUGAGAAGAUCUCCAUCACCAAGUUCAAAAAUGCCCUCUUCAGCUCUGGGCUUCGGGCCGAUGAUCCCAGACUUAAGGAGACAAUGAAACAUUUUGAUGAAUGCCAGAUGAAGGUGUCCUACGAUGGUCUGCAGUUUCCUUUCAUCAACAGAGAGAAAUUUAAAGAGUGUAUUCAGGACAACAUUGUGAUCAUUGCCAAGGCAUUCAGAAAUGAUUUCAUCAUCCCAGAAUUCUAUGCUUUCACGCAACGCAUCGAACAGCUCUACUGGAAGGCCAAAAGUAAUACUUCAGGGGAGCCUGCUUCCUACAUUCCCCAGCUGGCGCGAUACAACCCUGAUCUGUGGGGAAUCAGCAUCUGUACGGUGGACGGACAGAGGUAUUCAAUAGGUGACACGAAGGUCCCGUUCUGUAUCCAAUCAGUGAGUAAAUCUCUGACGUAUGCACUUGCUCUGAAGGAUCUGGGGCCGGCCAUUGUACAUCAGUAUGUCGGACAGGAGCCGAGCGGAGUCGCCUUCAACAGCAUCUCCCUCAACCCUGAUAAUAAACCACACAAUCCAAUGAUCAACCCUGGCGCCAUAGUAACCUGUUCUCUCAUCAAACAAGACCUCAAUUCUGCUGAUAGGUUUGAUUAUGCAACCAGUAUGUACAAACGGAUGGUUGGACAUGAGUACUUGGGAUUUAACAACUCGGUAUUCUUGUCUGAACGAGACACUGCGGACAGAAAUUUUGCUCUGGGAUAUUAUCUGAGAGAGAAUAAGUGUUUCCCGAAGGGAACUAAUCUGAUGGAAGUGAUGGACUUCUACUUUCAACUUUGUUCAACAGAAAUCAACUGCGAGUCUCUUAGCGUUGCCGCAGCAACGUUUGCCAAUGGUGGGAUCUGCCCGACGACGGGCGACCUGAUUCUCAACUCAGAUGCCGUCCGAAACACGCUGUCCUUGAUGCAUUCCUGUGGAAUGUACGACUACUCGGGCCAGUUCGCCUUUAAGGUAGGCCUGCCUGCCAAGUCUGGAGUGGCUGGUUCGGUGAUGAUCGUCGUUCCGAACGUAAUGGGCAUCUGUUGCUGGUCUCCACCACUCGACCAAUACGGAAACAGCUCCAGGGGAAUCCAGUUUGCCGAGGUCGGUACAUGACAUUUUCACAGAUAUAACAAAUAUAACCCCGACACACACACAAACAAAAGUGGUAUGGCCAUACCGUCUGUGCUAUACUCUGCCUACAAUGGUGACCUGACAGCUUUUAGGAGGUACGCUCUGUCUGGGAUGGACAUGUCGGAAGCUGACUAUGAUGGAAGGACAGCACUGCAUGUCGCAGCGGCGGAAGGUCACGUGGUGUCCGUUAAAUUCCUCCUUGACAAGUGCAAGGCCAAUGCAUUCUCAGUUGACAGAUGGGGAUUCACUCCACUGGAUGAUGCCAAAAGAUUUGACCAGCAGGAAUGUAUCGCCCUGCUAGAAGAACACAUGAGUCGAGUAAAUCCAGAGUGGAAUAAAACCAACCAAGAACCUCUUCAUCAUGACUACAUUAAAAGCUAUGACUGAACAAACAUGAAGCGGUGGCCACGACAGACGUGCUGGAACCAUAUUUGUAUAUAUCAGACUCAGAGAGAAAGGGGAGCAUUCAUUGGAUGGCUUGAAUUGCUGGUCAUGAACUUUUGGAACAAACAACUGUUUUUUUUUUUUUUAAAGAAUAGCAGCUCAUAAAGGAAUCUUUCAUUAUAUAAAUGUAGUUUGUUAAAGAGAGAAAGGGGAGCUUGAAUUGCUGUCAUGAACUUUUGGAACGGACAAAAUUGUUAAAAGGAACAUACCCUAGUUUUUAAACACUAACUUAUAUUUUUGACUAUUAUAACUGUUUUUGAUAACUUAAAUCAUACUUUACUUAGAUUUUAUUGCUUAGAUUAUCAAUGUCUGUACAUU